AUGGGGGGGCGCGACGGGCGCGCCCCCGCGCCGGUGGUGCCCAAGCUGAACCUGCCCCUGUUUGGGGGCAGCGGCAAGACAGUGGGCCUCGCCACCCUGGCGGAGCGGCAGAUCCGCCAGCAGCAGCGCGCGGAGUCCACGCCCGCGCCCCCCAAGAAGCAGGGCACCGGGUUCUUCUUCGUCGGCGGCCAGCGGGGCGCUGACGAGGACGACGAGGAGGACGAGGAGGAGACGCCAGCUCAGCGCCGCCGUAGGGAGGCGCAGGAGAAGGCGCGCGCCGCCGCCGAGGCGCGCAGCGCCGCCAAGACGCAGGCGUCGGCCGCGCGCGGCCAGGCGGAGCGCGAGGCGGCCGCCAAGAAGGCCGCCGCCGAGCGCGAGGCGGCCGCGAAGCGGGCGGCGGCUGAGAGGGAGGAAGCGAAGCGCAGGGCGGAGAAGGAGCGGGAGGAGCAGCGGGCGCGCGCGGCGGCGGUGAAGGAGCAGCUGGCUGAGCUGGCGGAUGAGCUGAGGGAGGCGCAGGCGGCGGCCAGGGAGGCGGCCAAGGAGGUGGCGGAGAUCAAGCGCGAGGCCGCGCCCGUGCUGAAGCAGGCCUCCGCCGCCGAGGCCGCCAUCGACCGCGCAGCCCGCGAGGCUGCCGCCGCGGCCGAGCGGCUGCAGGCGGCGGCCGAGGAGCGGCGCGCGGCCGAGGCGGACCUGAAGGAGGCGCAGGCGGUGGCCAAGGCGGCCGAGGCGGCUCUCAAAAAGGUCCAGGAGCGGCUGGUUGUGCGGUCCUAG